AUGAAAUUCUUCUCUGUCGCCCUUGUCGCUACCAUUGCCUCAGUAGCCAUCGCCGCCCCUGUUCCAGAACCCACCGUUGCUCCCGAAGGCUUCUGGAAUCCCGGUGGCGCUCCCGCUUGGAAGAGAGAAGCCGCACCAACUGUAACUGCACAAGGCUACUGGAAUCCCGGUGGUGCUCCCGCAUGGAAAAGAGAGGCUGAACCUGCUGUGUCUGCUCAAGGCUACUGGAAUCCCGGUGGUGCUCCCGCAUGGAAAAGAGAGGCUGAACCUGCUAUGUCUGCCCAAGGCUACUGGAAUCCCGGUGGUGCUCCCGCAUGGAAAAGAGAGGCUGAACCUGCUGUGUCUGCUCAAGGCUACUGGAAUCCCGGUGGUGCUCCCGCCUGGAAGAGAGAGGCCGAGCCAACUGUCGCUGCUUAA